GAACGAACCUAAUCACGAAAGCAAAGAAGAGACGAGAGCACCGGCCCUCGUAAUUGGCUCGUCGAUCUCCAAUCAUAGGCCGGCUCGAGGUGCCGCGCAAUUCAACGGACCUCUCCCCUUUUGUUUACUACUCCCCGCACAAAUCAUUUGCAGUUUUCUUUCCUUUUCUCCGUUUCGAGGAAUCAGACCAAGCACCUGCCUAGCUAGUUGUUUUGUCUGGUUGGGCGGUGCUGGUGCGUUAAUGGCGGUUGACCUCCUCCUCCCUCCUGCUCCUCGCGCCUUUAAAUUGCGCGGGAAGAAUCGUUCGUCGUGAGAGUCGCGGAGACAGAGCCUAGAGCACAUCCAGUUUCCUUACGAUUUAGUCUCGCCUGACGGCCUUAGCACUCCGUUUCUGGGCCUCCCCCCGUUUCUUGUUCGGUUCUGCGUCUGCUCUCGAGCGGCAGCUCCUUCUUGCCCCGGCUUCCCUAGCUUCUUUCAAUGGCCGAAGCAAUGGCACCGGAGAAGCUCGUCGCGAGGAAGGGCCGGCUGCGGCAGCGCUACGACAACGAGUACCGCCUCGUGGCAGGGUGUGUGCCGUAUCGGGUGGACAAAGACGGGCAGCUCGAGGUUCUCAUGGUCUCCACGCCCAGCAGGCACGAUCUCGUCUUCCCAAAGGGCGGCUGGGAGGACGACGAGGACGUCUACGAAGCUGCCUGUCGCGAGGCGCUGGAGGAGGCCGGAGUCAGGGGCACCAUCAACAGAGACUCGCUGGGGCUGUGGGUGUUCAGGAGCAAGAGCAGCCAGAGCGAGCAGAGCAGCGACAGCCCGAGGGGCGCCUGCAAGGGCCACGUCUUCGCGCUCGAGGUCACCGAGGAGCUCGAGCAAUGGCCGGAGCAAGACACCCACGGCAGGCGAUGGGUCUCAUCGGCGGACUCGUACGGGCUCUGCCGCUACGACUGGAUGCGCGAGGCGCUGACGGCGUUGCUGGACCGUUCUUCAACUUGGACGUCCCCUGUAGUGGCAGCCGUUGCGGUGGCUGAGAGCCCUGCGGUGCCGGAUCAGCUGAACGAGCACGCUGGCAUGUGCAUGAACAUGAUACUGGCCGCAGAUCGAGCGGUGGCGCUGUGCUGAACUGCUAUAGAUGUGGAUGAACUGACGACACACAGGCUCAGCUCAGCAGCCAGAAGCCCAGGACUCGUCUGAUGAUAUCUUCCUUCAUUUCUUCAUUGUCGCUAUAAUCAGUAAUUAAUCAGCGUUCGUCGUAAUUAUACAGAGUCAUCCGGCAUAUAUGAUCGAACCCUAACCUCUGAUGAUUGCCAACUUGUAUGAUCGAUCCAUAACUGGUAUUCCCAAUGUAAUGUGUAACUCUAAGAGCCACUUAAUCAAGUCACCGUGCCUGUAAAUGUUUUCUUCUGUUCCUCAAAUAGAUCCGGUGAUUAAGUUUUGUUA